CAGUGUGGCUCGGACGGCUACCGACGACGGUUGUGUGCGACCGAGCUCCGACGACCGAGAGCGCUCAGAGAGUGAGACCACCGAGCACGAGACCGUGCAGUGCUCAGUGUGCGCCGGUGGAUUGACCGGGGAGGAGGAGUGACAGGAUUGUUGGCACGUGUGUGGCAAGGACGGAGCCGAUUGUGAUUGGAAUACGGGACAUUCCUCAAAAUGGCCGCCCCUGGCUGCUGGAUACAGUAGGAGGUGUACCAGAAUGCUCAGAAGAACACUGAUCAUCUUUUCUUAUCUAUGUAGAUUAAAUUAUUAUCAAGUCACCUAACAUGUUCAAAGUAUGCAGUAACACGGCCGCUCCGCUGGGCGGCGUGGUGCCCGCCCACGGUGGCGAGGACGAUCUCAUGUCGUGGCUGACCACCCAGCUGGACUACCAGGGCGGGGAGGGCCGGUGUGCAGCGCCGAGGGCGCCGCAGCCCGCCGCCCGCGCCUCGCCAGAGCGCAGCCCCAAAGUGGAGCCGGACAUUGCGUCCAACGUGCAGACUAUGUCGUGUACUAUGCUGGAGGACCACAUGGCGGAAGAUCUGCCAGAUCUGUCCUCCCACGAUCUGGGAGAUAUUGAGGAGGCGUUCAACUCGGACGCCGCCCGGCAAUUGUUCAAUGAUCCCGUGCAAUUUGACUUUGGCGACCUUCUCUCCGAGUAUAAGUCGGACCAAACUCCGUCGGAGGCGCAGCUCUUCGAGCGGAGGAUGCGAAUGCGGCGCCACCUGGCGUCAGCUGGCGAAAACCCGUCGCAGACGCAACUUCUACAGCUGAGGGGCAAGGACCAAGGGCGGGCGACACGAACACCGGAUCGGACUGCGGGACCUCCGAGACGCUCGAUCGCCAACAGCAACCCCCUCCUGGCCAGUCUUCUCGAGUCUCCGGGUCCGCGCAGCCCGGCCAGUCCCUGUCCGUCGGGACUCCAGUCGGCGCAGUACGACACCCAGUACCCUACCCUGACCACCACACGGGUGGUGGGCGGCCUGGGACAGAUGCCGCCCAUCAAACAGGAGAGGGUGGAGCAGGACGGAAUGCUGGAUACAGAGGAUGCGGACCUGGCCAACUUCAUGAGAACUAACGAUGUGAUCGGUGAUGAGCAGCGCGGUGCGUCGACCAGCGCAGGCUCGGACGCCGGGUACGCGCCGCCGGCGCCGCCCCGGCCUCCUGUUGACCUGCUGCGACCCGCCGAGCCGUCUCGGCUGCUCGAGAUGCUUACCUCCGAGGGCCACUGCUCGCCGGCGGCCAUGGCGCGGCCCGGACCGCCGCCGCCGCCGCAUCCGCACCCUCAUCACCCGCUGCAGCAUCCGCACCCACACGCGCACCCGCGGGUGCCCGGCCAGCCAGGCACCGGCUCCCUGCCGCCCAGCCCCGCCGACAGCGGCGUCUCGGACGUCGACAGCAGCAGCGGAAAUGCCAGCACCGACGAGCUAAAACCGCGACUUCACAUGCUACCAGCGGCACCCGAGGACGGGCACCACCCGGCGGUCCCGCCGCACCCAUUCUAUGGACAGCAGCCGCCUCCGCAGCGGCACCCGUACCGGCACCAGCCGUACCCGCCUCAGCGGCCACCUGUGUCCGAGUCUCUGUACGGCUCUGCGCCGAGUACCAGCCAGCUGGCUCCGUACAGUACCGGUACCAUGCCGCCGGCGGCUCGCCCGCUCUACUCGGCCGGCCUGGCGCCGCUCUACGACACGGGCGCUCUGCCUCUGGGCUCGCCUCUGAUCGGCAGCCCUCCCGCCUCCAGUCCCGAGGACGUCUACAAGGCGGCGGCCGCCUUCGACUUCGAUAUCAGCAGAAGGCGUGGCCGGAAACCGCGGCCCGACGGAGCGCCGCACCCGAAACGCAAGAGUCGUGACGGCUCGUCGUUGUAUCUGUGGGAGUUCCUGCUGAACCUGCUGCAGGACGCCCGCUACACUCCCUCCAUCAUCAAGUGGGUCAACUUCCGCGAGCACAUCUUCAAGCUGACCGACUCGAAGGCGGUGGCACAGCUGUGGGGCCGGCACAAGAACAAGCCCGACAUGAACUACGAGACCAUGGGACGCGCAAUGAGGUAUUACUACCAGCGCGGGAUCCUGAACAAGGUGGACGGCCAGCGGCUGGUCUACCAGUUCAAGGACGUCCCCCGAGACCUCAAUGACGUGGUGGAGAUCGACUGUUCAUCCACGUAGGCGGCCGGCCCGGACUGCCGGCCCGGCCCGCCCUGUACAAACGUGUGAUCUGACGCUGCUGUGACGCCGGCGGCGGCCGCCCGACGGACGGAACUGCCUUACGGGACGGCCGGCCGGGCGAGCUCUCGGCCGCGCCCCACCGACCGACCGAGCGGGCGGCCCAACGACAUUCUAUUUUUACACAUGUUGCGCGCGAAAAGUGAGCAGUGAUCUCACAUUUUCAAGCCUACUUAAUGUUGAUUGGUAUGCCGUGCUCCCAUGGCUGAUGUUGGCGUGUUGUAAGAGUUUAUGCGUAUAAUUAUGAUAAUGUAUAUUAUGUGUGCCUGGUGUGUGUAGUGUGUACGAUGUAUGCACUGCGCGUGUGUCGCUCAUCCCGUUCGCUGCGAUGUCUGGGUGACCGGGCGAGACGCCGAGAGAGGAGAGGAGUGGGCAGAGUUACCCAUAUUUUCCAGUACCUGAUGCCGACGCGAGCCCGCGGCGGCGACUAGCCUGUAAUUGUGUUGGCGCGGCCAGAGCCGGUGGCGCCACCUUCAUUAUAUCAGUGUGUCCGCAUUGUGCCGGCUCCGAGCGCCGCUCCGUGCUGCCCAUGGCUUCCAUUGUGCCCCGCCGCCGCUUGCGCCGCUGCUCUCUGUGUUCGGGCCGCGCGUGCCGCCGGCCGCGCCCGCCUCUUUUCAUUACGUACAUGUCAAGCUGUUGUUUUACCGUACAUCCGGCCGGCCGGCGUCCUGCGCUCCGAUUGGUCGCCGGUCGGUGACGUCACCUGAGGCACCGGCCGGCCGCGAGAGCUGUCAGUCACUCUUAGUCGGGUGUUGCGCACCCGGGCCGGUUUUAUUGUGUCCUCUGUGACCGCACCCGGAGCCUCUCCACGGUACAUAUCUACUUACGAUGGCGGCCGGCGUGCUCAGCCAAUCAGCGGCCGCCACGUGGCCGGUUGGCAGAGCGUGACGUACACCCUGCUGUACAACACUUGUGAUGUCUCAGAAAUACAGAGAAACACGUGAUGCUC